AUGAAAAAAUUUAGUUUGCAUCUGGAAAAGGAACAUGAACGACAAAUUAAUAGCAAUGGUCUAGUGGUGGCCGAAGAGGAUCACAACAAAAGUGAACACCUUGGAGAUGCGGAUAGUUUGUAUUUGUCGGAGAUAAAAGUGGAAGAUUGUAUGGUUGAUGUGAAACUGGAGAAUGAUGAAGUGGAGGAGUUUAAUGUGGUGACAACAAGGAAUACAGAGAAGAUUGAAAGUCAGCAGAGUUAUGAUGAUCCCUUAAAAACCAGUACCAUUGAAGAAGUUACAUUGCCAACAUCGGAAAACCAACAACGGGACAAUGAAAUUCUAGGCGAUGAAAAACAAACAGUAUUACAAAGUUCCUUGGAAAAUGAAAACGAUUAUGACAAGGAUGAUAUUGAAAUGCAUGAGUUUUCGGAUGAUAAUAUCAAUCAUAAUUCCGAUUUAAGUGCUGAUGAAAAUUACUCAUCAAGUGAUUUCGAUGAUGAAUCUGAAGAUGAGUCAAAAAAUACAAAUCGAACAAAAACCGAAAAUAUCCAAACACAAUCUAAAGUUGAUGAUGACGAUAAAGUCUUUAUUAUAGCAUUAAUAGAAGCCUUUAAAAAUACACCACAAAUAUGGGAUACAACACAUCCACAAAAGUGCAAUAGUCUCAAGGAGAAAAUCGAAUACUACAAAAAUAUUACCGAUAGUUUAAACUUGCAGUUCAAUGAUGAAAAUCGAACUGUGGAACAGGUGAAAAAGAAAAUAAGCGGUCUUUGCAAGGAAUAUGAAAAGGAAAUUGACCGGAGUAUGUGUCCCAGAAAUAAAAGAGAAAAAUCCCAAUUAUGGUUUUUUGAAAACAUGGAAUUUCUAAGGCGUUCCAUUGAAAAUAAAGUGCAGAUUAAAAGGAAAAAAUAUCGCCAAAAAGUGAAACCCUUAAGUAAUCAUCUAAUGGAAGACUUAAUAGACAUUUAUAAAAACUAUCAGACUUUGUGGGAUGUGAACCAUAUGGCCUUUACCAUUAAGGAUAAACGCAAUGAGACGUUGAAAACCAUGGCAGAAGAAAUCAAAACAAAAAUGAAUCUAACAAUGGAUAUCUAUAAACUCGAAAAACAUUUAUCACAUUUACAUAAAUCAUAUUCCAAGGACAAACACAAACGUUUGGAAUGUGAGAAAACAGAAAAAGAAUUCCAACCAUCGUGUGGCUAUUAUAGUAAAUGCGACUUUUUGGAUUCAAAUCAAGGUCCCUUCUGUUGUCCAACGUGUAAAGAAAUUGUUGAAACCUAUAAUGAUUUUCAAAUUCAUCGAUCCAACCACGAUGGCUCCCCACCCUUUAAGUGUCAAGAAUGUGGUAUGGGUUUUAAGAAAAUAUCCAACUUUACCAUUCAUGCCAAACGACAUUUACGUGUUUUUAAAUUCAUUUGUAAAAUUUGUGGCAAAGGUUAUCCUUUCAAUGCCGAAUUGGAGUUACAUAUGCGUUCGCAUACCGGUGCCCAACCCUAUUUAUGUUCAUUUUGUGGUGAAAGUUUUCGCACUGCAAUUAGCUAUGAUAAUCACAUUAGACGUCACGAGGAGAGAUUUAAAUAUUUUUGUCAUAUUUGUAAGAAGGGUUUUAAUCAUUUGACACGCAUGAAUGAUCAUGUUAAGGCCCACCUCAAUGUACGUGAUAUAAUUUGUGCCGUUUGUGGUAAAGGUUUCACAAGUCGCAAAUAUUUGAAUCAUCACAAACGUAUUCACGAAGGUAAAAAUUAUAUUUGUAAUAUUUGUGGUAAGGGUUUCGCUCAAGAUGCUGGUCUGAGGGCGCACAAAAAAUAUCAUGGUACACCAAUCGGUGUUAGUAGUAUACAAAAGGAACAAAACAAAUAUAAUUUAUUAUCAUAAUUU